ACCGUGUCUGUGCAAUGCCGACUCCCAAACAACAAGGCCACCAUGGGUUAUAAUCGCAUUCGUCCCUAGCCCGUUGAUGGCAAGAUCAAAGCGCUGUUACACAGCUUCACGCCAUCUGGUGUUUCUGGUCCAACUGUGGCAGAAAUGGAUCUGAAAUCGAUGCUCAAUGACUCCUCGUCGCAACGGCAGCCGCCCCGACUUCACACACCUCAAUCAUCCUACGAUCAAGCAGCAGCAACUGUCCACACUCCAGCCUACGAUCCUUUAGAACGAACAUCGUCGUAUCCACAGCCUUUGCCAUCGUCCGACUACAAGUCUCCGGCCAAUGGCUCCUAUUUCGCCAUACAGUCCCCCCACCAGCAGAACUCUGCUUCUGCGUCCACGCCGAGUGUAACAGGUCAAUCAAUGUAUGCGCAGAGUCCAGGGCCACAUGGACAGAUACACACUCCCCGUGAAGGUGUUGCGCCUCCCAUGCCAUAUCAACAGUCGCCUUUUGUGCCGUCGCCGUCUCCCUCGGCUCCCUAUCCUCCCACGCCCGGUUCCUUUCACCACCACCAAAUGACACCAAACUCUGCGACUGCGCAACACAACCCUGGCCCUCACACCGCUCUCACCCAUCAUUCACCACGAGAGGAAUUCACUCCUUCGAAUGGUAAUGUGCGCUUGAAUACGCAAACACUCUCACCUCAGGCGCAGUUCCAUCCUCCGCCUGUGACACCACUCGGUCCGCCAUCCUCUCACACUCGACCAUCUCCUCACCCAAACCGUCCAAUAUCUCAGGGUCAGGAUAACUACAGACGAUUGUCAGUGAGUUCCGUGGGAUCGACCCAGAGCAGAGAAUACACCCAAGGGGCUUAUGCGCAUGCGACCCAUUCCAGAAGCGGAAGCAUACAAAGAACAUAUUCUGGCGACCUGCGAGAACGUGAAAGAAGCAUUGAAAGUGUUAGCCCCAAAACAAUCCCUAAGCCGCCUCCACGGCGCCAGUCCAGUGGGACUAGAUACCAGGAACCGUUGUCAGAAGGUUACCAGAGUCUGCAUCCAAUGUACCCAAUGUCUACCAAUUCACAGCCUCAUAGCACACCUGACAGGACCAUCGAGGUGCAACAUCAUGAAACCACUCCAAAAUCUGCCUCUACGCCAGCCGAUCCCAGGACAACGACAACCCAAUACCCAGGUCCGAAUUCAGGAGCCAUGAACAACAUGACUAUGACUCCGCAAUCCACGCACUCUUCUCUUCCCCCCCAGAAUAGCCCUCUGAUCACCGGACAGCCUGCGCUCAAGAAGCGAAGUGCGAGCCACAUAUCGAGUAUGGCUUCGACACCACAGCAGCCUCGAAAGCGGCCUCGGCGGGAUUUCAUUCCAGUUCACGCUCAGAGCGCAAGAAAUAAUAGGCCUCCAAGGUUCAUCAAAGCACCACCUGCGACCCCGCCCCGGAGAAAUGAACCUGAGCCGGAGCCGCAAAUUCCCAACGGACAAGCCCAGCUUCAAGUGGCGCCUCCAGCUAACACCACGACCCCACCAGUCGAAAGCCAUUGGGAACCCUCAAUCACCAAUCUCACACCGUAUGAAGACCUGACGCGCAGAGUGUGUGAUUGGAUCUAUUCGGUGAUUGGAGAAGCAGCCCUUCCACCGAAUGGGGCAGUCUUCGAGAUCGAGGCUAAGCUCGGGUGCAUUUAUGAUGAACAUGCCAACCAUCGUCUGAGCCUGCCUGUCGACACGGAGACCUGGUUUAGCCGUGACAGGUAUCGAGGAAAGACUAGUUUUCAAAGUUCUAUGAACAUGAUUCAGCAUGAGCUCUUGAAUAAAUUUCUCAAUACCCUUGUUGAAGAUUCCGUGCGCGAGUCACAGACAUCGGGUCGAGCUGUCAUAGGGUAUAGUCACCCUCAUGAAUAUGACGAGUUCUACGAGCUCACCGAAGAUGGACGGAGAAAUCUUGCUCCCUGGAUUGUUACGUGGCUCAAUCCCCGCCACACGCCUCGUGUGAGAAGGACCAUCGACGAGACCAAUGGGCAAGUCAAGGCACAGAUCAUCAAGUCACGUAUUGCGGAUGUGGAUGUCUACAACCCUCGCACCGACUUUGACUAUAGAGUCUCAAUCUCCAUUGAAUCUCCAUGGAGCGGAGAUCCGAAUUGGCUCACCGAGGCGGCGGACAGCGGCCGCGAUCGGCAGAAGGAUCGCAUAAGCUACAGACACAUGGCCUACCAGAUUGAUCUCACUCAGGUUAGUUAUCCUAACAGAACCGAAAAGGAGCAUGAGUUGGAAGUCGAGAUUAGUACGGAGCAGAUUCGAAUUCAGCUGGCAAACGCUCGUGAGGGCCGGCCUAGCAAGUAUGAAGAUAUGGUAAAGGGAUUCCUCGACAAUGUGAGGAUAUUAUGCCGACAAGGGUCGGUCAGACAAUGAGCGACUCUGGUUGAAAAUACGAAGAUGGAUACUGGGUCGGAGUCAUGGGAGCGCAAUGAUUUUUCUGUGUUCCAAGGCGGAAGCUUCCCUCUAAUCGUACCGGAUACCCUUGUAAUACUAUUCAUAGCCCCAUUGUCAUCAAGUGUAUUUCAAGCCUAGACAGUUGAUCGUGACACAAAAAAACGG